AUGCAGGUGAACACGACACAGUUCGAUGUGCCGUGGUGCUACACGUCAAAUGUAUCUGUGACGCGGACCAACGCGGACGCGCGUAUCAUCUUGGAUCUUCAUGGCAUCAACUACAAGGCAGACGUUCUCAUCAACGACAACUUGGUUCGAAGCCACGAGCAAGUGGUGGGGACGUUCCGACGGUUUCUCGUCGAUGUCACGGAUGCACUCCCUUGGGACCAACAACAUGGCGAACAAAGCGCCCAUGCGGCAUUGACGCUGCGCGUGUAUCGUCCACAGGACCGAAGCCUGCCGCCCUCCAACAAAGACACUGAUCUUGCCAUCAGCUUUGUCGACUGGGCGCCUCGUCCUCCAGACAGCCCGUGCUGCUUCCACACGCUUCCCAGUGGCGUGAUGGUCGACUCCCUUGGUGCUGCUGUCGUCAGCAUCAACAGCAACCACGACCACACAGCCCACGGCACGCAUGCUGAUGGUGACACAACAACUCUGGAAGGGCCUGUCUGCGCAAACGUAUCCAUCACAGCGACAGUUCACAACAUGCUGUCCACGCCUAUGCGCAUGAACGUCACUGCAAGCGUGCAGGGUAACCAGGCCACUCUUGCCUCUGCCACGCGUCACAUCGGCCUGCGUAAAGUGACGUCUGUUCGCGAUGCCAACGGGUACCGUCUCUUCUACGUGAACGAUCGCAAGUUCAUGGUGUACGGUGGUGGCUACUCACCUCACCUCUUCCUUCGCUACAACACAUCAUACCAGCGAGCGAUGCUGGAGAAGGUGAAGCAGAUGGGGCUGAACACGAUCCGCCUCGAAGGAAAGAUGAUGACUGCAGAGUUCUUCGAGAUGACAGACGAGAUGGGCAUCAUGGUUCUCCCAGGCUGGUGCUGCUGUGAUGCGUGGCAGCACUGGAGCGAUUGGAAGGACGAACAGCACUUGAUAGCGAUGGAAUCCAUGCGAUCACAGUUCCGGCGCUUGCGCGCGCAUGCGUCUGUGCUCGGGUUUCUGUAUGGGAGUGAUGAAGCCCCACCGUCACAUGUGGAGAACGAAUAUUUGCGUGUCCGGGAGGACGAGUACUGGCACCUGCCCUUUAUCUCAUCUGCAAGCAACGUGUCGACGCCGGCUGGAGGUCGAACAGGUGUGAAGAUGAACGGUCCAUAUGCAUGGGUGCCGCCGCUCUACUGGUAUCAAGGAUUGGCCCACGUGUCCUCGGGCGCUGCGUUUGGAUUCUCGACAGAAAUCAGCCCCGGAGCGGCGCCAGUUCGGCUUCGCAGCGCGAAGAAGAUGUUUGAAGCAAACGAGCUGUGGCCGAUCAACGACGUUUGGGACUUCCACUGCGGUUCGCAGUUGGGCUUGUUCCAUGACCUGCGGUUCUUCGUUCCACCGUUGACCGCCCGUGUUGGGGCAGCAAACAGCAUUGAGGAGUUUCUGUUCAAGAGCCAGUUGAUGACAUACGAAGCUGAACGUGCAAUGUUCGAUGCCUACUCUACGUUUAAGUAUCGUAACAGCACAGGCGUUGUUCACUGGAUGCUCAACAAUCCAUUCCCGUCGCUAAUCUGGCAUCUGAUCGACUUUUACGGCGACGGUGGCGGCGGUUUCUUCGGCACACGUGCUGCGCUCCUGCCGUCAACACACGCGGUAUUCAACCCGUCAUCAGGCGCCAUAUCUGUUGUGCGCAACGACGUGGUACAGGGUUCAUCGCUACUCGACCUUCAUGUCCAGAUAUGGAGCACCGGGAGUGAACUGCUGUGGAAUGACAGUGUUCGCAUUGGAUCAAUUGGGGCAGACGACGCCCUUCUUGAUGUCACGAACAUUCAGACGCAUCUCAGUCACUUUUGUGCCGCCCAGCCACGCCGCACCCUCCUCAUUCAUCUCCUCGUGAAGAAUCAAGACAAUGUGACCGAGGAUGAUCAGACGUACUGGCACCCAUGUCGGCCAGACGUACUGGACUGGAGCAACUCCACAUUCUACAUCACCUACUGUUCACAGUUCGCCAACUUCUCUGACUUGUGCAAUAUUGAGCCUGCUCAGCUUGACAUCCACCUGGUCGACGCCGUUCAUGUGCAGGUCACGAAUCCACGACACACGAUCGCAUUCUUCGUGGAGUUUGACGUCAUUGACGAGGAAAGCGGCGUUUCGGUGGAUGGCUACGCGUUCAAUGACAACUACAUCACACUGCACCCCGGCGCGACACGCACGCUGACGCUCAAUCAAGCAAUUGAGGGCGACGUGAAAGUUGCCUACAAGGACCUGUCAUCGUCCCAUUGUACGCGAGAGCCGACCACAAAGAUGUAG